AUGUCUUCUGCAUCAUCCUCGCCUGUGAUGCCAGGCGGAGAUGAAGCACCGUUGACCCUCGGGCAUUUGACCUCCGAUCCUUCCGAAACCUCAGGGUCAAACCGGAUCCCUACACCGCAACCCGCUCCGCCGAGUCGGUUCUUAACUACGCCGCUAUCACGCUCGAAUAUGCCUCAAACAGUCAAGGACAAGGAGCCGAGGCCUCUGUUCAAAACACCAUCAGGGACUACCCCAACUGGCAACCUUGGACUUGAUCCACUGAGCAAGCACAUAUAUCAAAGAAGCAAUAGCAUCGUAGAACCGACAAUUGCUCAGCGACUGUUGCAAUCAACACGGGGAGACAGCCCCACCAGAGAUAAUUUACAGAGACAAAGCAUCGACAGCCAAGAAAACCCCAACGCGACGUUUGAUUCCGCUCGGGACCGAAAAAAGCCAUCGUCCUUCCUCAGCAGGCUUGCCAUUCGCGGUGCCUGGAAAAGAGCCGAUGAAGCAAAUGACUCGGACUCGGAGUUGGGCGAACUUCGGACCGACGGCAGCCACGCAAGAGCGCUUACCUCGGUCGACAGAGCUGGUGGCGGUUAUAUUCCACUCCACAAGGAGCCACCCCGCUACAUUCGGGUCAAGUCUCACUACAAAAAGUCUCGCGAAUUCAAUCACCUCUUCCUCGCCCAAGAACUACUCGGAGCCGCCAAGAAGGGUGCCGAAGAUGAAGCUCGAAAUCGGGAGCCAGCAAUUGCAGUGGGGUCGAAGAUCCUAAAGUCUGGCCAUGCCAUCUGGGCCGCAGAGUUCAGCUUAGAUGGUCGCUACCUGGCUGUGGCAGGAAAGGACCAGACUGUAAGAGUCUUCUCUGUCAUAUCCACUCCCGAAGAACGCACGGCGUACCAGGAAGAAGAGGAGAAGUGUCGGCGAGGCGAAGGUGAGAAGUUGAGCGCGCCCGUGUUUCAGUCCAAGCCGACGCGAGAGUUUGAGGGCCAUACGGGAGACGUCUUGGCACUCAGUUGGAGCAAGAACAAUUUCUUGCUUUCGUCGUCGAUGGAUAAAACCGUAAGGUUGUGGCAUAUGAGCCGUCCCGAGUGCCUCUGCACAUUCAAACACGAUGAUCUAGUCACCUCCAUUGUCUUCCACCCCACGGAUGAUCGCUUCUUCUUGGCAGGCUCGCUUGACGCGCAGUUGCGACUGUGGAGCAUACCUGACAGGGCCGUGGCCUUUUCGGCAGUCGCGCACGAGUUCAUCACUGCGGUGGCCUUUUCCCCCGAUGGCAAAACCGCCAUAUGCGGCCUUCUUGGCGGACUCUGCCUGUUCUACGAGACCGAGCGACUCCAGCUCAAGUCUCAAAUCCACGUUCGCUCGUCUAGAGGGAAAAACGCCAAGGGAAGCAAGAUUACUGGUAUAAAAACCGCGGCACUUCCAUCCGAGGGCGGCAAAGCCGACGUCAAGGUACUCAUCAGCUCGAACGAUUCCCGGGUGAGGAUAUACAGCUUGCGGACAAAGAUGCUGGAGGUGAAAUUCCGAGGCCUGGAGAACCAGUCGAGCCAGAUUAGCGCACGAUUCAGCGACGACGGUGCCUACGUAAUCUCUGGAAGCGAGGACCGUCAAGCGUACAUCUGGAGUGCCAACAGCACUGACUACGAGAUGAAGGACAAGCAACCCUAUGAGUGCUUCGACGCACACCCUGAAGUUGUCACAACAGCCACAAUGGCACCGAUCAAAACCAGGCAACUUUUGAGCGCGUCCGGAGAUCCCAUCUACGACCUCUGCAACCCACCUCCGGUAAUGCUCCUGAGCCUGGAGGAGAAAAUGGCGAGUCAAACCAAGCUCUCGCAGGGUGGACAGACGGAAAGCGCAGUCAGCCUAAAAAAGCCGGAGGAAAGCCCCCUCUAUAUCGAGAGGUCGAAACAUGUGGACGGCAACAUCAUUAUCACGACAGACAGAACUGGCACUAUCAAGGUGUUUCGUCAGGACUGCGCUUAUGCGAAACGGCUUCAGAGCACGUGGGAAACCUCUUCCAAACUGUCGGGUCGGCUAAACGGACUUGGAAGGUCGGGCAGUCUUGCCACCAGGACCAGCGCCGGGAGCCGGGUGCAGUCUCGGCGCGAUUCGUUGAAUCUGGGACCCGCCACGCAGCAGACCCAGCCGGCGUCGGACAGGAUCAUGAGCUGGCGCCAAGACGUCGAAGGAGGGCGUAGCGUCAGCCUGAGGGCGAGCCGAAGCGAACGGUCCCUGUCGCCCGUGAAGUCUGUAAGGACGUCGCUCAAUUCCUCGCGGGUCAAUGUAGCAUCGGAGGCUCGUAAACAUGCCUACGCGUCGAGCCUGGCGAGCCGGGCCAAUCCCGGCAGCCCAGCCAGCAGCAUUCACACCGGUCGAAGCUCUCCGCGAACCAAUAGGGAUAAGGAUCGCGGCUCGUUGCUUCCCCCAACACCGGGCUUCAGUCUUUUGAGUGUCUCGGAUUCUAGAAGCGGCGAAGACAGAGAGGAAAGCAGUUUCUGGAACCUGAGCAGGUGGAAGUCGAAGUCAGGCCUGCGGUAUGGCUCGAGCGCGACCCUUUUAGGAUCCGCGAACAGCAGCAAUGCAGCAGACAACGGCUCCACGAACGUGAAUGAUGACCGAGGACCUGGUGAUAAACCAGCCGCCCAACGAAGCUUGGGUGUGCAUGACAUGCGGAGACUGGAAGCCGAGAAGAAUGCCGCCGGGCAGAAUACCCUAGCAAGCGCGGGCGGACGAGCGUUUCUUGUAGUAAAUACAAAGCAGAAUCUACUCUAUCCCAGACACAACUCCAGGGUUAAACGGACAGACGGGGCGAAAACUGCCCAGGUCCAAGUCCAUGGCCGAGGAGGAUCCUUCAAGCUCCGACGGACGAAAAGUCAAAGUCUUUCAGCGUUCUCGUCAGAGUCUAGUCCAGGGUGGUGCCACAUGCCGAGAAUGCGACCCUUAACCCGCCUCGCACUCCACCAUCAUGCCCCGUUGCGAAAACGCAAACUCGGCGGUUGA